AUGCUUAUCCCUUCUACCAGUUAUACUGUCGACACAUUUUCCGGACUUGAGAACAUCUCGUGGGCAAUCAACUCCUCGUUAGCAGCAUCUACCGCCAUCGACUUUACCAUGUCGGCAGCCAUGUGUUAUUACCUUGGCAGAUCCAUGAGCAUUGGGGAGUCCGGUUUGAACUCGAGGAUAUCAGCUGUUAUGCAAUAUACUUUGGGAUCAGGACUGCUCACCAGUGCUUGUUCGUUAGCCACAUUGUUCACGUAUAAUUUGAUGCCAAACAACUUCAUUUUUCUUUCCCUCGAAUUCCUUUUGACCCGACUUUACGUCGGCUCCUUCCUCGCAAUGCUCAACGCCCGCCAACGGCCUCAAGGCGGAUCACAACAGACGACAACCGCCAUCGCCCUACCCAGCGUACACUUCCGGGUCUCAACCACCGUCACUAGGGACCCUUGUUCUCCUAGCACCUCCAACACGUCAAGUCAAUACUCGGACGCACAGACCACUUACGUUAGUUGCGAGCAAUCAAAAACAUGGGACAGGGAUACCAUGAGCGAUGCAGAUUCGGUCGUGCUUCCACGAGACGAAUUUGUACGUCGGGUCGACUUGGGUUCAAAAGAAGAAUUUCGAUUCGUAAAUACAAAUGAAGGCCCCGCGUCGUCCUGA